UUUACUUUCUCUCUUUAAUACAUAUGCCACUGUUUUCAAAAAAAGAGAAAAAGUCACCAAAAAAGGACACCAACACCUUAACAGAAGAAGAUGAGGAAAAAAUAAAACAAAUACAAGAAGAUUCCCGUGCACAUGUUAAACAACUUUCCUUUAGUGUACAGCUUGCUCAUGGUAGUCCAACAGCAAAGAUAUCAAAUUUUUCAAGUGUAAAAGAAUUAUAUCAGAAGAUUGCAGAAGGUUUAAAUAUUACAAUGCAAGAUAUAAUGUAUUGCACUUUGAAUAGUCCUAAAGUAGACAUGGAAAAACUACUUGGUGGACAAAUUGGAUUGCAAGACUUAAUCUUUGUUCAUUGUAAAGGUGCUUCUAAAAAUGUUACUCUUUUCAAAGAUGCACCAACCUUAGGCCUAACUAUAACGGAUAAUGGAAACGGUUUUGCUUUCAUUAAGAGGGUGAAAAAUGAUAGUGUUGCAUCUCGUUAUUCAAAUAUUUAUGUUGGGGACCAUAUUGAAGAAAUCAAUGGUGAGAAUGUUGUAGGUAUCCGUCAUUUUGAAGUGGCUAAAAUUCUUCGUGAAAUAAAUGAGGGAGAUGAGUUUUCACUUAAAUUGUGUGAACCAAUCAGAGGCGGUUUUGAUGAAAUUGCUCCGAGACAAGGUAAAGGUGGAAAAGCAUCUGAUAAUCUAGGAUCUGGCAAAGCUACUUUGCGUUUACGUUCAAAAGGACCAGCGACUGUUGAAGAGGUACUGAGUUGGGAAGGACCAGCUAUAGUAAAAGUUGACGACUUGCUUGAAAAGUUUUUAGGAAUUAGAGAUCCUGAACUAGCUAACACGCUGAUUGAUCUUGCGAAGAAUAUAGAGAAUCCUAGUAACUAUGCAACAGCUGUUGAAACACAGUUGGGCGAUUUCGGAUUUCCAGAUGAGUUUAUUUUUGACAUUUGGGGUGCUUACAUGGAUGCAAAAGCAGGGCGGAUAUAGGUUUCAAAAAAAUGUUUUAUAUUUUAUUAGUAUAUAAUUUUUUUUUUAAGUUUUUUUCUAUGAUAAAAA